GGAUACAGGACCCCUGACCUCUGUCAGGACAGUGCUGAUUGGCCCUGUGCUAAUCACAUGCACCCUCCCAAGAAAAAAAAACCUCUCUAGCAAUACACACCAAACUGAGCAUGUGCAGAGUGACUCCACACGGUAUGUCUUAUCAGGAGAUAGGAGGGAGACUGGAUGAAGGGGAGGAUCAGAGAAGACAGGAUCAAACAGCCUUUUUACACAAUGCAGAGGAUUAACCCCUUAAGUUCCACAGUGAGUAUAACACGCAUGCUUUACUGCAUAUACAGACUGAUUUUACUGUUGUGGAUUUAG